CCUCGUCCGACUCACACCCACCUAACACUUGCUCCUGUCCAUCACAGGCCUUCGCCCACCAUGGCUGAUGGCUGGAGGUGCCUUGGCUUUGUAACAGCCUUCUUUGUGUUUAUGAUCACGGUGGAUCCCGGUGUCUCCAAAAAUAAUGCAAGGGUGGGAUUCCUGUUUGUGCUAGAGCUGAACAAGAAAAGUUACCAACAUGAGUUUCCUCCAUUCUUGGACCUCUAUAACAUCACGUACAAUGACCCCAUUGAGUUUAAAUGUAACCUGCAGAAUUUUCCAGAUUUGCCACGAUGGCUACGUUUCGCUCAGAGGAGCCCAUAUGAUAAUGGAUAUCUCUAUGGCACACCCACCAAUGAAGAUGUGGGGAGGAUGACGAUUGAGAUUACAGCUAUAAACAGGCGCAGCUAUGAUACCUAUAGAAAGAAGGAAUUCUUCAUUGUGGAAAUGACUGAAAGGUGGGUCCCAUACCAGGUGGAUUUUUUUAUUCCCAAGAAAGAUAUAGAAGAGGUUUUACCACCUUCCCAUCAGAAGACCAUUAUUAAUGAUCUGCAAGUGGUCUGGGGAGCAAGACAACCAUUGGAGAUAGUCAAUAUAACAUCUGCACUGGAUAGAGGUGGUAGGGUGCCAUUGCCUCUCCCAAACCACAAAGAAGGUGUCUAUGUUAGGGUGGGCACUCACACCUUAUUCCCCAAGUGUCUACGUGAUAUGCUUUCCCCUCUCAAUCAAGAAAGCUGCUCUGAGGAAAACAUCCUUGAAUUCACCUGUGAAGAGUGGCUCAACACUCGUACUGAAAUUGACUGGUGCAGGUCCACGUUGAUUGAUACGACCCUAAAAACAACAUCUGCUCCUCUUCCUACCCCUGGAUCAGGAAUACUCACAGACAGUGAGUUGUUUGAGCCACCAGAUAACCUGGAGCCCCGUGAUUACUUUCCUGACUACAUUGUCACUGUAAUUGUCCCACUGAUUGUGGCACUCAUCCUGUGUGUCAUUCUGGCCUAUAUCAUGUGCUGCCGGAGGGAAGGAUUAGAGAAGAGAAAUGAACGGACCCCAGAUAUCCAGCUCUAUCAUCAUCAGACCAUUCAAACGAACUCCAAUGAGCUCCGUACAAUGGCAGAGGACAGGAAUGCUGAUCGCCCACUUUCUACACUGCCCAUGUUCAAUGCCCGUACCAGGGAAAGAACAUCUCCAAUACCACAGUCCUUGAGCUCAGACAACCCUCGUAUCCCUCUUAUCCUGGCACAACAAGAGCCGCACAGUGACUCCCUGCCCAGGUAAACUCAACAUGGAGAAACAAGCACAACUCUGCUGGAAACCAGUUGCUGGACAAUGGAAAAUGAAAUCCUUAGGAAAAGAAGAAUUACUUUCUCCAACAGAGAAUAAAAUUGGUCUCAACCUUUCUUAGCAUAAUGUACAUUUAUUUGACAGUGUUUUAAUAAUGUUAUGAGCAUUCUGGCAGAAAGAUACUUUUAGAUAUUGAAUGUCAAAUAAGGCAAUGCAAUUAUCAAAUCCAUUAAAAAUGCACAAGAUUAUUUAGAAAUUGUACAUUAAUUAUAUAUACAUCACUGGCAACCAUCUAUGCUUUAUUGGCAUUACUAACUUAUCAUCUGGCUCUAGGUCUAACUGCAGUAAUAUGCUUCUCGUGCUCUGCUUUAAGACCGUGUUCUCUACUGCUGGGUAACUUUAAGUUCAUUCCACCCAACCCAAUGUGCAUGAUUUUGUUAAUAAUCUUGGCUAAAGACAUACUGUAAACUACGUAAAAUAUAAUAUUUUUUCCAAACUAAUCAAUUUUGGAUGAGCACAGGAUAAAACUGACAAUUCAGAUGUCAAGCAAUUAAGCAUGCAUAAAUCAAAAAUGUCCAAGUUUACGUUUACAAGAUUAAAUUGCUGAUUUUAACUCAUCAUGACCACAUGAUCAGAGAAGUCUUCAGUAUGCUUUCAUGUUUUGAUAUUUGAGUUUCUGCUUGCACUUCUACUGUUUCAGGUAACCAGAAAAUUCUCCUCACAUUAACUAAAAUAUGAGCAGCCCCAAGAGGCUGACCCUGCUGUGCUAGUGACAAAAUGUGUAAGUCUACUAAACCAGUAACUUUAAAAAUCAGGAAAUCCACUCACCUGGUCACUGUAUUACCUAUAUUUCCACCGCAGAAUGUAUUUUUUUAUUUUGAUGACUCCUGCUGCAUUCUAAUAUCUAAUAGUUUCUAUGUGCAACAUUUUACACAGAUCACUGUAAUAGGUAAUAUAUAAAAUAAUGUCAUCGA